AUGAUCUGGAGCAUAGCAAAACGCUUCCUGAUCGCAACAAAAACCCCUAUUGAUACGGUUCAAUGUCCUAGACAUCACGAGGACCUUCCCAAGGACGACGUUGAAGACACUGAGCACACAUAUCCAGGUUUAGAGAACAUAACAGUGAUUUCGAUGCUGAAAGGUGACCUCAUUGUUCCAGUAAGCUCAUAUUCGUCUAACAAAGUCCUUACCAUUGUCCCAAAGCACAAGUCCUUGUCCCUUAUGGGCUUAAGGCAAAACCAAUCACAAUCCAGUGAUAAGUCCAUGUCUAUUACAGGCCAGUGGCACGCUAAUGAUCUACCAGGACGUAGUGCAAAGGGUGAAAUGCAUGCAAACCACACCCAGGAUGAGACCAGCAUUAAGCUUUUUGCCAGCAAAGUCUCAGGAAAGAACCAUCAGAUCACAGUUGAGGAAUCGAGCAAUCAUGCAAGUGAACAAUUAGUACGUACAAGAGACAAGAAAGACACAAGCAAGCUUGCAUACCAGGACGAAAAGGAUCCAUUGGUAUUGACUGACAAGAGCAAGUAUGUUGCCAGAGAGCAUCUAACAGUGAUUUUGGAAUGGCGCCCUAGUCCAAAAGAACUCCUCACAUCACCAGGAGACCUUACCUAUCAGAGGCAGAAGGCUUUCGACUUUACUUAG